GUUUUGGAAGGGUGGGGGAGGACGCAGAGGGAGGCUCUUAUAACAGAAAGCUCUUCACUAUAACACUCCCACUGAAUUCACUUGCAAAUUCCUCAACCCUGAAAGACACAGGAUUCCCAGUGCCCCCUCGCCCGUGCAGAGCACAGACUGCACAGCUAGCAUACAGUCCUCUCACUCCUUCGGGCGGAUGUUAUUAUUAAUAAUAAUCAAAGAACCGAAUGGUCACCAAUCAGCAAGCUGACGGGCAGAGACCCCCCCUCCCUCAACACCCUCUCUUCUCUGUCUCUGUCUCGGCUGCGGGUCGCUGCUUCCAAGUGCCAAAUAAAGGAGAGAAGCUACGAGCAGAUGCCUGAACUAGACAGAACAAGAAGUCAGUCUUAACAUCCUAAAGCAACCGCAGCACCAAACAGCACCAGGGGCAGGAGCACCUUACUUGACAGUACCCCGGCCAGCCAGCUCAAGUGAUAGACUACCCGAUAGAAGUGCGAGUUAGAGAAAUUGCCUGAAACUAAGAGUAUGAAGAUUGAUUGAGGAUCCUGCAGUUUAGAAAUGGAACAGAAAGGUUAGUCAGAGAAACACCGCCUGGUGACGGAUAUCUGGAGCAAAGCCAGCCUUUUCAGUUAGGCUCUGCAGCCUGCAUCGCAGAGAGAAGGAUGGCAACAUCGAGCUACUGCUGCUGCCUGCUUUGGCUGCUCUGGGUCUGCCUUCUCGAGCCCAGCCAGCUGAGCCCUCUGCCAGCAAGGACUACUAAAGGUCUGCAGAGUGGCACGCCAGUGGACCCUUCGGGUAACAAGUUCACACUGCUGCACCGUUCCAAGCGGGGCUGGAUGUGGAAUCAGUUCUUUUUGCUGGAGGAAUACACUGGGUCGGACCCACAGUACGUAGGCAAGCUACACUCUGAUGUUGAUAACGGAGAUGGCACGCUUAAAUAUAUUUUGUCCGGAGACGGGGCUGGUACAGUUUUCAGUAUUGACGAGAACACUGGGGACAUUCAUGCCUUAAAGAAAAUGGACCGGGAGGAAAGGUCUUUUUAUGCAUUACGAGCCCAAGCCAUUGAAAGACGGACUGGCAGGCCUGUGGAACCAGAAUCGGAGUUUAUUAUUAAGAUCCAUGAUAUCAAUGACAAUGAACCAAAGUUUUCAAGGGCAACCUAUUUGGCCACUGUUCCGGAAAUGUCUGAUGUCGGUGCAUCUGUAAUUCAAGUUAUUGCUACAGAUGCUGAUGAUCCUACCUAUGGAUACAGUGCCAGGGUUGUGUACAGUAUCUUACAAGGCCAGCCCUACUUUUCAGUCGAGUCAGACACAGGUAUUAUUCGAACAGCUUUACCUAACAUGGACAGAGAAGCAAAAGAACAGUAUCAAGUGAUCAUCCAGGCAAAGGACAUGGGAGGACAGAUGGGAGGAUUAUCAGGGACAACAUCUGUGAACAUCACACUAACUGAUGUCAACGACAAUCCUCCGAGAUUUCUACAAAGUAUAUACCAAAUGAGUGUACAAGAGUCUUCCCAGGAACGUGCGGCUGUUGGCAGAAUUAAAGCUUUUGAUGCAGAUAUCGGGGAGAAUGCAGAAGUGAAUUAUCGUAUCAUUGAUGGUGAUGGAAUGAAUAUGUUCGACAUCAUCACAGACAAGGCUUCCCAAGAUGGUGUUAUUCGUGUGAGAAAGAUGUUGGACUACGAGAGCAGGAAAAGCUACACCUUGAAGGUAGAGGCACAGAACAGUCACCUUGAUGCUCGAUUCCUCUACCUGGGUCCGUACAAAGACACAGCCACGGUCAGAAUUACAGUUGAGGAUGUGAAUGAACCACCAGUGUUCAGCAGACCCUUUUACAUGAUGGAGGUGUAUGAAGACGCAGAUGUGGGGACUAUCAUUGGCACAGUAACCGCCCAGGAUCCUGAUGCAUCUCGUAACCUCGUUAGCUAUUCAAUCGAUCGCCAUACUGAUUUGGACAGAUAUUUCAACAUAAACUCAGCAAAUGGAUCAAUUAUUACAUUAAAACCACUUGACCGGGAAGAAACAUCAUGGCACAAUAUCACAGUAAUCGCAACUGAGACAAUUACAGAAAACCUGAGACAAAGUAGUCGUGUACCAGUUCAAAUCAGGAUUUUGGAUGUCAAUGACAAUGCUCCAGAAUUUCCCAUGGUUUACGAAACAUUUGUCUGUGAAAACGCAAAGGCUGGCCAGCUGAUACAAACUGUCAGUGCUAUGGACCAAGACUCGCCACGAAGUGGAUCCAGGUUCCUCUUCAGUUUGACCCCAGAAGCUGCCAAUAAUCCUAAUUUCACAGUUCAGGACAAUGAAGAUAAUACAGCUGGAAUUCUCACCAGGAGGGGAGGAUUUAGCCGUCAAGAAAUGAACACCUACCUUCUGCCAGUUUUCAUUUCUGACAAGGAACAUCCUAUUCAGAGCAGCACCAAUACUCUUCUGAUUAGAGUGUGUGCCUGUGAUAGUGAUGGCACCAUGCGGUCCUGCAAUACUGAAGCUAUAAUCCUUCCUCCUGGGCUCAGCACAGGAGCCCUCAUCGCCAUUCUGUUGUGCAUCAUUAUUCUGCUCGUCAUUGUGGUGCUCUUUGCCGCCAUGCGAAAGCAGAGGAAGAAAGAGCCUCUUAUCAUUUCCAAAGAGGAUAUCCGCGACAACAUUGUCAGCUACAACGACGAGGGUGGCGGCGAGGAGGACACCCAGGCCUUUGACAUUAGCACGCUGAGGAAUCCGGAGGUUAUUGAAGACACGCAAUUACGCAGGGAUAUCAAACCCGAGAACUUCCUGCUACCCCGGCCAACCCCACGAAUACCAGACAACACCGACGUCAGAGAUUUCAUUAAUCAGAGGCUAAAGGACAAUGAUACAGAUCCCGGUGCCCCUCCCUAUGAUUCUCUAGCAACGUACGCCUAUGAAGGAAAUGGUUCCAUAGCAGAGUCACUCAGCUCCUUGGAGUCAGUGACCACAGAGACAGACCAAGAUUACGAUUACUUGAGUGACUGGGGACCUCGCUUCAAAAAACUGUCAGACAUGUAUGGUGGAGACGACAGUGACAGGGACUCUUAGCGAGAAAACUCAUUCCCUUCAAUUUCAACAGAACAGAGUAUUGCUGUGUAAACAUGCGGGCCAGUACUUUUUCAAAAUCUAUCUCACUAAGACAUUUAUUGUGUACUGUUGGACUUUUAUUUCAUAGAUUCAUGGCUUCAGAAUGGUUCCAGUGUGAAGUGUGUAACUUUUGCUUCAUUUAAUGAGCAGCCCCAAGAUGAUAAUUCUAUGAGAAUUUAUACAGUAACUAUAUGCCUACACCAUCCACUGUUGCACUAGUGGAGACACAUGUUAUAUUGUUUAUUUUGUUUCUAAAAUAGAAAUACUUCACAGGUAUUAUUGUCUACACAGAAGAAUACAAAAUGUAUUAAAAUAGGGAUGUGCAUAGAACAAGUUCGUAAAAACAGCCGGAGGGAGAAUUUGAUGGUUCGGGUGAUCCAGGUUGGAGGCAAGCGUUAGACUUGAUAAUGAUCCUUGUUUUCUGGCUUCUGCCUUUCUUCUCCAAUCACAAAUUACUGUGAUACAGAGGAAAAACAUCAUAUUCGCUGGAGCGGCAACCAAGUAACACAUUCAAUUUGAUUGGGAAACACAUCAGAAUGUGCAUCAAACCAAGCACUUGCCUGAGAGAUGAAAGAUUAUGUGAGUCAUGUGUGUGCCACUGAACUACAAGACUUAGUCUAACAAGAAACCUGCUGGUUGUAUCCCAGGUUUAUAGCCUUUGACCUGCACACCUGCUGGCCAGCACAUCCCUUUGGUGAAAUUAGUGAAUUAGAUGUUUGAGCUGAACAUGUGGUUGAGUCAACUGUUUUCUUUCAUAAUGUACUGUACUGUAAUUUAGAUUCAAUAUACACCAAUGUAUACAUAUAGUACAGCUGUACUAUGUAGAAUGGAUGUAAAUCACUACAGAUGCAUCUUAAAACUAAUUGGCUGGGUGUUGUUGACAGUUUGGGGUGCAGCAGAGUUACACUGCACACAUUAACCUAAUGAUACAAGGUCCCCAUUUGGUUCACUACGUCAGAUUUCAAGUCCUGUUGCAAAACCAAGAAUCGGAUCAGAACCGUGGAUUUAUGGGGAAGCACCCAUGAUUCAACUUGAGCAUUGUUACCCGCAGAUUGGGGAAAACAUUUUCACAGCUCCGGAUGGCCGAUGAAACGUGAGACUGAACUAGCCCAGUUGGUUGGCCAUUGUCAUCAUGAAUUGUCACUGUGGCUUAAUCUCGAUUAAAUGAUCCCAUAAAUACAUGCCAACCUCACUGUUCCAAAAGCCUAAGCAGUUGUCUGGAGCUUACAAACCAUUGUUAAAUUGAGUCCUUCCAAAGGACUUCAACAAAUAACAUUUGAAUUCUCCCAUCCUCUUUGCAACAUCUAUCAUGGACAAUUUAAUUGGAUGAUAACGUAAAUCACAUCUUUGAGCCAAGAGGAGGAGAGGCCCAAGUGAUCCUUUGUUGAAAUGAAGACACUUUUGCUGUUUUGCUAUCCAAGAUUUGGUGAAGGGCAAAGUGUGGAAUAAUCUUUGGACUGCCUUAUUGCUUCAGAUGGAACAUUUGCAUUUAAAAACAUUGGUGAGGACAACUUAUGGUCUUGCAUUGUGCCCAUCAGUUAAAGGAUUGGCACUGUGGCAGGAGAAUGUGAGAUGGAGAGUUUUUUUACCUUUAGAUCCUAUAUUUAAGGAUCAGCCCACAAGAGCUCAGAUUCCAAAUCAUCCAAAGCUCUAAGGCUGGAAUAUGAAGUCAUAAAUCUCUUCAUCAAUUUUAAUUAGCUUAAGGGCUGGAUUGGAAACAAAUUAUCAAGUAACCCGAUCCGCAUUUCGAGAAGUUCAAUGUUACUCCACGUAUAAUGACUGAAAUGUUACCUGGUUUUUAAUUAAGAUAAGCAAGCUCUCACAUUCUGUGAUAAUCUCAGCGGCAGCCAAGCGCUCCAUUUUCCACACAUAGAACUUGAACUGGACAUUUACCGUGUUAGCACAGGUGAUAACACGGUUUGUCAUAACCACUUGGGAAUGUAAGUGAGGAGUUACUAGAAGGAAACCCAAGAAAAGUCAUUAACCCUUUAGCACCCAAAGCAAGUGAAGGCGAUUACCAUAGAGAAAAAAAACCCAAUGUAUUGUUUUCCAUGCAUUCUAAACAUAACCAUGGAAAAUGACCUUGAUGGAAUUAUUAAUGGAUGUGAAAGUGGUAGGCAUACUUCAAAUAGAAUUUUAGUUUGGAUUCAAAGAUCCAUUGUUCCUGUUCUCAUUGUUCCAAUAUGAUGGUUUUGUAGUAACAAGAAUUUAAAGGUACACAUGUCCUUAAUGUACUACACUUUUGUGAAAGGAUUCUAACAAUUUAAUAAUAGCAAUUUAUCUAUUCUGUGUAAACCUGUAAGAUAAGGCUUUUCUGCAAUAUCACUGCCAGCUUCUUUGAUUCACUUUUAGGUUAAACAUUAAAGGUUUUUGUGCCAGAUAAACCCAGAGCAGUUUAUAUUUACUCACAGAAAAGACAAAACAAAAACAGCCAGCUGCAGGAAUCCUACUGGGGAAAGUAGAGUUGAGCAAUAAAGACCCCCUGUGCAUGUGGUGUGCGCAGUUUGUAAUUUAUAUUAGCUCUACUGUAGCCUCAACCUCCAACCAAGAGAAGGAGAGGAAAGAAGGUCCCACGUCUGAGGAGAAAUAAGGUCUCAAGGCAAGACAUUUGAUCUCUACCAAAGUAAAAUACCCGAGGGGUUGAGGUAUAAUUGGUGGAUGGCAAUUAAAAUCUCAUGCUUCCACAAAAAGGUGGGGGAAUGAUGUUGAUUAUAUAAGAAACAGGAAUGAAACACUGCAAGCAUUCCAAUAUGUAUGCAUUUUACAUAUAUCAUGCUAAAAUAUUCCAAUAAUAUUUGAAUUGGACUAAUUCCCAGUCCAAUUCAACAUAUUUCCACGUGUUGGAAAACUGGGCUGCGAGAAAGUACAUUCUGCAUACAUUUGCUCUGUUUCAUGCACAAAGAAACACUUUCGUAAGGUGGUGUUACUUUAAAAUCCAUAACUGUACUCAUUGUCCAGUUAGGAUUAGCUUAGACAAUCUUAGCAUUGAAUUCAUCUUUUGUGUUGUGAAUUUUUGAGUGACUUGUUUGUGUCACAUGGGCACUCUGUGCUUUAAUUUUGUUCAGUCAAAAUCACAGUGCAAUCUCACAAGAGUAUAUUAAAUCUCCUGACACGGAAAAUAAUCAAAUUCUUUGCAUCAAUUCAGCAUCUCUUCGGACAGCAAGGUUAUGCUAAGAGAUCUGAUGUACAGCAGAUACAGACAUUAUUGUGACAAAUGAAUGAAGAUAAAUCAAUUUCACUCAUUUAGGUGCCAUAGAAUUCAGAUAUUAUUUUUACCUGUUUGAAGAUAUACCUGUUGUCCAACUUGCCUAAGAAUCAAUAUCAGCUGCAGUUAUAUCCAGAUUUCCAGUUGGCUGAGGCCUAUCCAGUGUGCUAGGAUGUAAUAGAAUGAGAGGGAUUCUUUUGAAACAUCAUCAAACUGAAACAUUAACUGCUCCUCCCUCCAAAGAUGCUAUCCAAACUGCUGAAUAUCUCCAGCAUUUUUUGUUAUUAUACCCAACAUAGGGUUACAUGUGUAAUACCAAAGGGCAGCUGUGUAACCAAGCAUGUCAUUUAGUAGAAAUAAUUCCUUGGUCUCUUGCGCCAAGCACACAAAACAGAGGCAGUUCCUUUUGUUUUCUGCCUUGAAGAUUUGAUUACCUUGACUUAAUUUCAAAAUCAGAACACCACGAGUCACACCAUCUUGUGCAUUAAGAGCAAGUUACCAAGAAUGAAUCUUAACCCCAAUGUCUUCAAGAGAGGAAGAGAGAUAUGCGGAGCAAAAUAAUCACAGCAACUUCUGAUAUGCUGUAUUUCCAUCUUUCAUAUAUUCAUUUUUGCAUGAAUAGCCCCUUAUCCAUUUUAAACGUAGGCCAAUUUUUAUCAUUAACCCAGUCAGAUGUCUUUUGAUAGUAUUGACCUGCGAGUUUAAAUUACUUUGUGGCUAUUAACAUUUUAUGUUAAUGUGAAAUAUUUUAAUGUGGCUGGGCCAGUUUGUACAACUGAAAAUAGCUAAUGCCAAUGAAGGAUCCUUGCUUAAGUUUCUGAUUGAUACCUGCUUUUUUAUGAUUUCAAGAUCUGCAAAUAAUAGUCACUGUUAGCAGCAACUGUAUGUUUAGCAAUUGGAAGAAAAUCGGAGUCCAUUUUCUUUUGCUAAGUAACAUUUUGUACAAGGAUUAUUUAUAUGAUACUAUUCAAUAAAAUGUUUUUAUGUAUGGA